CGGGACCAGCAGGAGUUAGUGAGCCUCUCUACCUGAAGCAUCACAGAACGCGAGCAAGUCCAUAGACAAGAUGCUGUUCCUCGUCAUUUUGGCCGUUGCGGGAGUCGCUACUGCAGAUGACUGGCAGUGCACUACCAGUCUCGGGGGUAACCAACAGUUCGGCCAGUGCGCGCACGUGGACAGCUGUCCGUACAGCUACUACGUCUCGAACAAGUGCCCCAGCUACGGAAAUGACAUCAAGUGCUGCUACAACUGUCACCUGGGCGGAUGUUCUACCUCCGGUGGCGGUUCAACAGGAGGUACCUCUGGAACUGGAAGCGGAAGCUACGGAAACGUUAUGGAAAUAGACACUACCGGAGCCAGCUCGCAGACAGCCAGCCAGGACAACAUCUGGUACUCUGGUACCAGUGCCUCCCACCAGUUGGCCAGUAACGACCUGUCCCGCCUGAACAACUACAAGACCCAGAUUUUUGAGGCCGCCAACGCCAGGAACAUGGACGCCGCCGUCAUCGCCGCCAUCAUCAGCCGCGAGUCUCGCGCAGGCGCAGCACUGGCCUCCGACGGAACAGGGGAUCAUGGGAACGGCUACGGGCUCAUGCAGGUGGACAUCCGUUACCACACCCCUCAGGGCGGUCCCUACAGCACGACUCACAUGAAGCAGGGAACCCAGAUCCUCAUCGACACCAUCAACUGCGUCAAGCGCAACCACCCUGACUGGACCCUCAACAUGGCCCUCAAGGGCGGAAUUUCCGGAUACAAUGCCGGGUGCGGUAACGUGCAGACGUACGCCGGGAUGGACGGUGGCACCACCGGAGAAGAUUACGCCAACGACGUCGUCGCGCGCGCCCAGUGGCUGAAGGGACAAGGCUUCUAGCUUUUAGGCGUCAAGAACAUCAAAUAGACCGGCAACUCAUGAAAGGGAGAUGAUUGAAUGAUGAAAUAAAUUCAUUAUCUGAAGAUGA